GGUAUCGACCUAGUCGCCGCCGGCCGGAACGAGAAGACCGAGCGCACUGCAUACCUCAAGCUCCUCCUCAAGCUGUACCGCUUCAACGCCGUGAUCCUCAAGCGGUACUUCAUUAGCAAGACCAACCGCCUGUCACAACCCAGGGACGGUGGAACGCAAGCCACCGUCGUGAGCUGUUGCCAGGCGGAAGAACAACUUCCAGAUGCGUUUCAACAGCCGCAGUUGCGCUAUCAACUUCUCUGUUUCCUCCAUCUUUUGGCCCAUCUGCACCCUCUCGGUCGCCGCGCGCUCCGCCAUCGAAGCAGCCAACUCCGACCGAACCAUCAACUGUUGUUGGGCGCGUUCCACUUCCUUGAGCCGAGCGCAAACCGCCUCCAGAGUCUCCAUCAUCCGCCCCCAACUCUCCUGCGUUCCUCGAUCGUGAUCCGCCAUGGCGUUCAGGAUGAAGCGGGUCUGGACGGAUGGCUUUGCAGCGGGCGCCGUGAUGAAGCAGUCCGAACGCCGGGAAGACGACUCCGCCCUGCGCUCACCGGAAGCCGCGCUUGCCGUUGAAGACCCCACCGCCGAGGACCUUGAAUCCGAUACCACUGUCACAACCCAGGGACGGUGGAACGCAAGCCACCGUCGUGAGCUGUUGCCAGGCGGAAGAACAACUUCCAGAUGCGUUUCAACAGUUGAUUACCCAGUAAUCAAGUAGCACUCCUGACACCGCCCUGCCUCUCUCGCUCCACCGUCUCAUCAGCUUCAUGGAAGGGGGGAGGUCUCGCUUCGAUUUCCAUUCAGAUUUUGUUUGUUGAAUGUGUUUUCCAGUUAUGUGUCAAAUUGCUGUGAUCGUAGGAAACGUGACUGACGACAAGAGGGUCUACGAAGUAUCUGCAGUGAAGGUGGCUGCGUGGGCACGGAUUCUGAGCGCGGGUGACGAGUGCCUCGCCUUUGACCAUUGUCCAUUGUCCAUUGUCAGGUUGAUGGUCAUCUAUUGAUGUACGCUCUAUUUUUUGUAUCUGAAUGUGCAGAAUUAAUAGUUUUAUGAAAAAGGCAAACAUCUUUCGUAUCAAAAUGAACUCUUGAGACAUUCACAUUUUCCUUGUUCUCUCUCAAUGAUGAGAUCAAAGCAGACGGGCGGUCAGAACCUGAUGUUGUGUUGAGUGUCUGCAUUUUUAUGCAAUCCACUUAUGGGAUGCAUCAGAGAGUGAGAACAAGGCAUUUCACUUGCAUCCAUAUUUGCCUAUUAAUAUGGUGUUUAUCUUGCAUGGGUAACAUUGUAGUUUGCUUGAGCAAACAAUCACUCGUCAUGUUGUGCAUAUAUCCUUGUAAGUGCUGUCUCUUUCUCAUGAUCGUUGAUUUGCUUACUUUUGAGCAUGCACCUGCAUUGAUUAUUUUCUUCUUGGAGAUUUCUGAAGGCCAAGGAGGUAUAACUGGUGCAUAGAUUUAUAUGGUUGUCUUACCAGCCCAUUGCAUUACUACAUGGUUGCUUUGGUGCCAAAUGGUCUAACCGAAACUUUUUUUGUCAUCUUUCUAUUUGUUUGCUUUCUUUUGAUGGUUGAUUUUAUCAUGUUAUCAUAUCAGUUUUUUUUUUUGCUGAUGUGAUAAUUUAAUACAUUCUUCAAGCAUUGUUUACUGUACUCUUUCUUUCUUUCUUUCUUUUGUUUCACUGCUAUGUGAUAAUAGAAUGGCAGAUGAUGGAUAAUCUUAUCCUACACACUGAAUCUAAUGUGUUGACCAAUACUCCGCUUAUUGUCUGAUGCCAUCAAUUAACAAGAUCUCUGUUCAUUGCUUCUUGGGCAUUUGAAGGAACUUUGUGGACUAAAAGGGAGCAAAUUGAGGUUUGAUUGUUCUGCAUUUUUUUCUUGUAACAUUUAUUAAAUCAUCAGGGUGUUUACUGUUAAAAUACUUGCAUACAUUCCCAUCUGUUUGCUACAUGAAUAUCAUUAUGGUAUAAUGGGUUGUAAAAGUUUAGGGUGGGAAGCGGUGUUUGGGUGGCUACUCUCUUGUUUAUUCUUUCGGUUAUUUGGAUGAGAAAUAGAUUUUGUUGUCCCAUUAACUUAUGUAACAUCUGAAUCUCACUACUAAGAAUGCUAGGGAAACCGUGAAGGACUUUGGCUCUGCGUUUGGUGUGCCACAUAACCACACGGGCGCAAGGGAAGGAAGCUUGAGAAGGCAAGGGGGAGGAGGAAAACCUCUGCUUCCACCUCGGAAGAGAAGCAACGAAACAACGAAGAGAUGAAAGAGAAUAGCAUCAAAGAGGGGUGACUGGGCUGUGGCACCGAGGUAACACGGCUCGGCGUCAUAGAUCUUGGCGUUGAGGUGCGUCCUUCGCUGGCAACAACAGACUGACGUGGCGUCGACGUGGCCGAGCUCAAGUCAUGAUUCAUGGCACUGAGGUCCAGUCAAAAUCGGCACCUGGGCAUGCAUGUUACGACGUUACCUAGCUAGCAAGGCCCUUUUUGAAGCACCAUGAUCAUUCAGCCGGGGACGCCGCAGAUGCUCACUUGUAACCUACACAUGGCGCCAAUGCAAGGUAGCAGCAAGUAAAAAAAGGCCCGAGAGUAGGAGCGAGUGGUGGUAGUAAAAAGCUAGCUGGACCGAGCCGAGGAGACGUACGAAAACUGACCGCCCAAAUCAUGAGGCUAGCCGCACUCGCUACUGGACACGCGAACGCUAUCCUUUAGCGUAGGAAUUUUUGCCGCAGCGGGCGACUGGAUGAGCCACCCUAUACACUGUAGCGUAAGAGUGAACGCUAUAUCUGGCGUAACUCUAUCUCGCUCUCCUCUCCUCGGCGCAAACUACCGCACGCGCACGCGCCUUCCGUCCGAGCGCCGGCGUUCUGCUCCCUCGCCCGCGCCGGCGUUCUGCUCCCUCGCCCGCGCCGGCGUUCUGCUCCCUCGCCCGCGCCGUUCUGCUCCCUCGCCCGCUGCGAGUGGUCGCCCGGGAAGCACGCCGGACGAGGCGGAGGCGGGCGCGGCGAGCCUGGAUCCGGAGGCGGAGGCGGGCGCGGCGAGUGGAUCCGGAGGCGGAGGCGGGCGCGGCGAGCCUGGAUCCGGAGGCGGAGGCGGUACCGGACCCCGACGCGGCAACCUGGAGCAAGCAAAGCCGUACCCCAGAUCCGGAGGCUUGGAGGUUGGGGGAGGAGAGGAAGAAGUCGGAUCUGCUCAGGGAAGCGCAAAGGGGAACCGCAAGCGACGACGUUCGAAGGAGGUAGAGGCAUCAUCGGAGGAGAGUUCCACCGCGCGGUCUGCUCGUCCAUUUCGUCGAUUUAGGAUGGAUGGCACACACAACAGCAAGGGUGAUAGCUCACAGCCGCAAGGUCAAGCUGGUUGGAACCCAUACCAGCCCCCUCCUCCACCUGCCUGGAACCCAUACAUGUUUCCAAUGCAACCUCAGCCUGGUGGCUGGUAUCCACAGCCAACCCAUCACCCCCCACAUAAUGUUAGCAUCUUUCCUCCUCCUUCUGGACCUAACAUAGUAUCAGUUGACCACACUGAAGCGAAUGUGGUUCUGGGGGCUGAUGAGGUAGAUGUACUUCAUCCAGAGGAUUCAGUACCUUCAAUCCUGAAACGAGGAAGGACUAAGUUAGGGAACUUCAGCCCACAAGAAGAUGUAAACCUGGUGAAAGCAUGGUUGGAAGUUAGCUGUGAUCCUGUCAUAGGUAACGGCCAAAAAGGAGACAGGUUCUGGAAGAGGGUGGUGGAACGAUAUAAUUUUCGGAGGGGGGCAAACUCAGAAAGAAGCCUCAGGUCUCUGCAGAGCCGCUGGACCAAUAAUAUCAAGCCUGAGGUUGGAAAAUUUGCAGGCUACUAUGCAGAAGCCCUGCGACAAAAUCCCAGUGGAAUGUCAGAUGCUGACAAAACAUCACUUGCAGCUACCAACUUUGCGGAGGUUGAAGGGCAUGCGUUUGGAUUCAUGCACUGUUGGGACCGUAUGAAGGACGAGCCCAAAUGGGGUAACCCAACACAACUUGGGACUGAAGCUCAUCUAGAAGGCGACGACUUGGAAGAGGACUCCAACAGGGUGCACGGUGAUGCAGACAAGUCAGCUGGAAAAAGGCCGGUUGGUAGGGACAGAGCUAAAGCAGCGAACAAGAAAUCUAAAUCGGUGUCAGGUGAUACAUCUUCUUCAGAGUACGCUAGUAGGAUGCAGGACCUGUCCAUUCAAAAAAUAAAUAUCAUGCAAGAAGAAAGCGUGCGCAAAGGCGAGCGAUUCCAGCAGCUUGCUACAAUUGAUGAGAAAAGGUACCAGGAAAUGCGUAGUCACAACCAAUCGGUAUUAGAUAUUGAGCAAGAGAAAGUUAGAAUCAUGCGUGAGAAGCAUGACAGGGAGGAGAAGAAGGAGGAUGAGAGGAUUCUGAGUAUUAAUUUGGACUCCUGCACACCUUCCCUGAGAAUGUAUUAUGAAGCUUUGCAGGAGGACAUAAUGGCGAAGCUUGCUGCUAGACGCCAAGGGAGGCAUGCCCCAUAAGGCUCUCAUGUGUUGCUGUUAGAAUAAUUUUCCCAUAUGCUAUUAUGUAGUAAUUGUUAGAACAAUUGCAUUAUUCAAUCCUGUUGUACUGGUGAGGACAAUUUUCCACAAUUCAGUCAUGUUGUAACUGUGUGUAUUAAUUUGUGAGGACAAUUUGCAUUGGACAAUUUUCCACAAUUGAGUCAUGUUGUAACUUUGUGUAUUAA